AUGCUUGGCCACGCUCUGCGGGCCAGCUUGUUUCUCUCGCUAACGGCUGCCACGCCCUUCAUUGAUUACAACAACCUGCCCAACGAGACCAUCUUUCCUGGCCCUUGGGAGGAGAGUAUCAAAGCCCCUGCCAACAAGUCUUAUAUCAGGCCGGCGCGAAUAUGGAAAGCGAGGGGCAAUGUGUCCGACUCAGGCUUUGACGCAAGUCUCCGGACAGCCGAUCAUGACUCUGGCAGUAGCAUCCUCAUUGGCAUUGGGGGCAUAUUGACACUUGAAUUUGAUGAGAACAUUGCAGGGAGGGUAUGCUUCGAUGUCGAGUCGGUGGGUGAUUACCCAACUGUUAACUUGGGUUACUCCGAGUCGCCAUUCUUUGCAGCACCAGUGCCAGAUGCUACUACCGAUCGAAAAGAAAGAGACCUGCCUCUGGCCUUUCCAUUCGGUAACAAGACUGGCCAUAUCUGUGUUGAGAAAGAGUUCAUCAGAGGCGGCUUCAAAUACCUAACUAUACAGUUGCCGUACUCCUUCCGUUAUGAUCAAUCCAAGUCCCAAUUCUGGGAUGCCAUUGACGGGAUCGCGAAUGCAGGACAAAGAGUUCUCGGCCUGCAGCCCAAACCUCUGUCCUCAGUCCUGCGACCCGGCAGCAGCACCUACCGGCGACCUUUCGUCGCGCUACGUAACAUAUGGGUGCACUGCACAGCCUUCCCUUCACAGACAAACGGCCGAGCAUACAGCGGCUAUUUCUCCAGCUCGUCGCCUCUGCUCAAUCGCAUUUGGUACGCAGGUGCCUGGACACUGCAGCUGUCCACCAUCGACCCGGUCGAGGGCUCGGCACUGAUCGAUUAUAACCGCGCCAUCGACGGCAACAAGAGCCCCACGGGCUCGUGGUACAGCAACUUCACCAUAUGCAACGGCUCCGCCGUGACCACGGACGGCGCCAAGCGCGACCGCGUCGUCUGGCCGGGCGACAUGUACAUCGCCGUGCCCGGCAUAGCCGUGUCGACCUACGACAUGCUGGCCGUGCGCAACGCGCUCGACGUCCUGUUCGACCACCAGUACGAGGACGGCAGCCUGCCGUAUGCGGGCCCGCCGCUUGGCUUCAGGGGCGAGUUCAGCGACACGUACCACCUGCACACGCUGCUGGGCGUGUUCAACUACGUCCUGUACAGCGGGGACGUGGCGUGGCUGGAGAGCCGCUGGCCGGCUUAUCUUCGUGCCCUGGAGGUGAGUAUGGCCAAGGUCGACGAGCUGGGGCUGUUGCAUGUCUCCAGCACCGCCGACUGGCUGCGGCCAGGGAUGACGGGUCACAACCUUGAAGCAAGCGCGAUGCUUUUCGAGGUGUUCCGCCGGACGUUCCAGCUCGUGGAGUUCCUCGGCUCCGACUGGGUUGUGGCAGAGCAUGUCCGCGCCGCGACCAAGAAGAGCUGGGAGACGAUGCAGCGCACCCUAGAGAAGGGCCUCACGCGCCUGUACUGCGCCGACAGCGGCAUGUACGCCGAUAACGUCGGGCGGCGGGGCUGCGCCGGUCCGGAGCGGUGCGAGGCGCAGGACGGCAACAGCUGGGCGCUGAUUAGCCGAAUGGCGCUGCUCAACGGGGAUAGCCCAACUGCCCGCACGGCGUACAACGUCUCGGAGAACCUGCGUGCGCGGUGGACAAAGUACGGCGCGCCGGCGGUCGAGUUCCCGAACACGAUCAGCCCCUUUGCGUCUGGGUUUGAGCUACUGGCGCACUGCGCCGCGGGCAACGUCGAUGCCGCCGUCGAGCUGAUGCUGCUCGAGUGGGGAUACCUGCUAAACGGACCAGGUUUCACAAACAGCACGCUGGCCGAGGGGUUUAGAAUUGAUGGAUACGUGCAGUAUCCUGCGUACUGGAGCGCUGCGCGCAAUAGCCACGCUCACGGCUGGGCGUCGGGUCCCACGGGCGUGCUGGUGACGGAGGUCUUGGGUAUUGAACUCCAGGGGCCAGCGGGUUCGUCGUUCGUUAUACAUCCCGAGCUUACUAGAUGGCUUGGCUGGGUGACGGGUGGGUUUGCCACGACAAAAGGCAAAUUUGAGGUGACAAUGUCAAGGGCUAUAGAGGUUGACGAGGAGGGCCGUAAAGGGGCAAAGGGACAAUUGGUGGUGAUAACCACACCACCGGGCACGAGUGGUACCAUCAGGUUGGGCCAUGGUAGCUUUGAACAUGAGGUGGAGAUGCAGACUGUGGAGAGGACGAGAGCAUGGUUUGUGAAGGAUGAUGAGGUAGUCCUCCCUCUAAACGACGGCACCGUAUCCAUGCUCGUUGGAGGAGAAAACUUGCAAAACUUUCGGAACCGAAUCUCGUGGGCUCAGUUGCCAAAAAGCCCUUCCGAACGGGGUUUGAGAUUGAAGUAUGAUGAUAGCUUCACCAAACCCAAGAUAGAAGACCGCCCGGUGGGAGUAAUCGAUUGGGAUGCUCUGGAGAAAAACUACGCUCCUUCUCUGUGGGAUAUGGACUGGAAGAUCCAGGGCUCUGAAGAAUAA